UCACUGUGCACCUUCGUGUUCACCAUUGCCCUAGUGCUGUGGGUGGCCAUGGGCCUAAGAGCACUAAUGGCGGGUUCCAAGGUUGGCGCCAUGAGGCUCCCACCCGGCCCCCCUCGGUGGCCCAUCGUGGGCAACCUUCUCCAGCUCGGCCCUCUCCCACACAGGGACUUCGCAGCGCUCUGCGCCAAGUACGGGCCGUUGGUGUAUCUCAGACUCGGCAAGGUGGACGCCAUUACCACCAACGACCCUGAGAUCAUCAAGGACAUACUCCUCCGGCAGGACGACGCGUUCGCGUCGCGGCCGCACACGCUCGCAGCCAAGCACCUCGCCUACGACUGCGGCGACGUCGCUCUGGCGCCGCUGGGGAAGCACUGGAAGCACAUGAGGCGCAUCUGCAUGGAGCACCUCCUCACGACCAGGCGGCUGGAACGGUUUCAGGAGCAGAGGAGACAAGAGUCGCAGCACAUGGUGCACACGGUCUGGGCUCGGGCCACGGCCGACAAUCCGGCGGCGAGGGUCGUCGACCUGAGGGAGGUGCUGGGCGCCUUCUCCAUGAACAACGUCACGAGGAUGCUUCUGGGGAAGCAGUACUUCGGGGCGGAGGCGGCGGGGCCGGAGGAGGCAGCGCAGUUCAUGCACAUCACGCACGAGUUGUUCUCUCUGCUGGGCGUGAUAUAUAUAGGGGACUACCUGCCGCUGUGGAGAUGGGUAGACCCGACGGGAUUGGAGAGGAUGAUGAGGGAUGUUGAGAAGAGGAUGGAUGCGUUCCAUGUGAGGAUAUUGGAAGAGCACAGGCAAAAAAUUAGGGAGGGCAAGAAGAACAACAGUGUCGGGGAGGAGGAGUUGGUGGAUUUUCUGGACAUCUUGCUGUCGUUGCCUGGUGAGGAUGGAAAAGAGAAGAUGGAGGACUCCGAAAUCAAGGCCCUUCUUCAGGACAUGAUCGCAGCUGCAACUGAUACGUCGGCAGUCACCAGCGAGUGGGCCAUGACAGAAGUAAUCAAGCAACCAAGGAUCCUCCGCAAGGUGCAGGAGGAGCUCGACUUCGUGGUGGGCCGCGACAGACUGGUUUUGGAGGCCGACCUGCAGCACCUGCAGUACCUCCGGUGCAUCGUCCGUGAGAGCUUCCGGAUGCACCCGGCUGGGCCAUUCCUCAUCCCACACGAGUCCGUCCGGCCAACCAAGUUAGCGGGCUACGACAUCCCGGCGAGGACGCGAGUGUUCAUCAACACGCACGCGCUGGGAAGGAACACGAACCUGUGGGACGACGUUGAAGAGUUCCGGCCGGAGCGCCACCUCCCGGCCCACGGCGACGGCCGGGUGGAGAUAAGCCACGGUUUGGACUUCAAGAUCCUGCCCUUCAGCGCCGGGAAGAGGAAGUGCCCGGGCGCGCCGCUGGGCGUGUGCAUGGUCCUGCUGGCCCUGGCUAGGCUGCUUCAUGCCUUUGACUGGUACCCGCCGGAGGGCUGCAGCGUUGAUGACAUAGACACCCAAGAGGUGUAUGGCAUGACCAUGCCUAAGGCAAAGCCCCUUUUGGCACGAGCCAAGCCACGGCUACCCGCCCACCUGUAUGCCUACCGAGCGUAG